AUGUCGUCGACACCAGUGGUAGACCUGGACGCUCUGCGUGCGUCCGUGACGCGUCAGGGCGCGCAGGUGCGCGAGCUCAAGCAGAAAGGUGCGGCAGCGGAGGAAGUGAAGGCGGCCGUGGACGAGCUUAAGAAGCUUAAGCUGGAGCUGGAUACGCAGACAGCGCUGCACGGCCCGGCCGAGGAUGGACUGAGCAAGAGCGACAAGAAGGCGCUGGACGACCUUCUUCUGCGUAAGAUGUUCGUGGUGCCGAGCUUCGAGAUCUACGGCGGCGUAGGCGGCUUCUACGACUUUGGCCCGCCGGCUUGCGCUCUCAAAAGCAACCUGCUGCAGUUCUGGCGUCGCCACUUUGUGUUCGCCGAUAAACUACUCGAGGUCGAAUGCACCAACCUCAUGCCCGAGGUGGUGCUGAAAACUUCAGGCCACGUGGACCGCUUCACGGACCUUAUGGUUAAGUGCACCAAGUCGGGUGAAUGCUACCGGGCCGACAAGCUACUUGAGGACCACGUCGAGAACUAUCUAGACAAGCACUCGGACUUGAGCCAGGAGGAGCGCGAGAAGCACGAGAUGCACGCCACUAUGGCUGAGUCAUAUUCGCCCGAAGAGAUCCACGCCGUGUUUCAGGAGUACGGCAUCAAGGCUCCCGGCACGGGCGCGGACCUGAGCUUCCCCAUUCCGUUCAACCUUAUGUUCAAGUGCGUCAUUGGCCCCGAAGGUGGCCUGGUCGGCUACCUACGCCCUGAGACGGCUCAAGGUAUCUUCCUUAACUUCCGUCGACUACUCGAGUACAACGCCGGCAAGGUUCCAUUCGGCUGCGCCCAGAUCGGUAGCGCCUUCCGUAACGAGAUCUCGCCCCGUGCUGGCCUCCUUCGUGUACGUGAGUUCCAACAGGCCGAGAUCGAGUUCUUCGUCAAUCCUAAGGACAAGAGCCACGCUAAGUUCUCCAUUGUCAAGGACCUGGAACUGCCGCUGCUGACCAAGACCAACCAGCUUACCCACGGCAAGGCCGUGCAAAUGACGUGCGGUGCUGCGGUGGAACAGGGCAUCAUCGCCAACGAGAGUCUGGCCUACUACUUGGCCCGCACGUACAAGUUCUGCAAGGCCAUCGGCAUUGACUUGGAGCGUCUGCGUUUCCGCCAGCAUCUCAACACCGAGAUGGCCCACUACGCCACGGACUGCUGGGACCUGGAGAUUAAGUUGAGCUCCGGCUGGGUGGAGUGCGCCGGCCACGCCGACCGCUCGUGCUACGACCUGUCGGUUCACGCCAAGAAGAGUAAGGUCGAGAUGGUGGGCACGCACAAGUUCGACAAGCCCGAGAAGCGCCAGAUCGUGGAGAUUAAGCCGAACAAGGGCAAGAUGGGCCGAACGUUCAAGGCCGAUGUGGCCACGAUCCUUGAGGCGCUGGAGGCUUUGAAGGAUGAUGUGCCACGCGCCCAGGCUUUCGAGGACGAGCUGACCUCCAAGGGCGAGGCCACGCUGGGCCCGCUGUGCGACGGUAAGCAGUUCACGCUGCAGCGCGACAUGGUGGCCAUCAAGGUGGUGGAGAAGAUGGUGAGCGAGGAGAAGUUCGUUCCCUCGGUGAUCGAGCCCUCGUUCGGCAUUGGCCGUAUCUUGACUGCCGUUUUUGAGCACAAUUUCUAUACUCGCGAGGGUGACGAGAAGCGCGGCGUCAUGUCGUUCUCACCCUUGAUCGCCCCCAUCAAGGUGUCGGUGCUGCCUCUGAGCAACAACCCGGCCUUUGAGCCAUUCGCGACGGAGCUGGAGAACGUCUUCGUGGAGGAAGGCCUGGAGUGCAAGGUGGACACGUCGAGUGUCGCCAUUGGCCGCAAGUACGCACGCGCAGACGAGCUGGGCAUUCCAUUCAACGUCACGAUCGACUUUGAUACUGUCAAGGAUCGUGUCGUGACGCUGCGUGAGCGUGACUCGACGGCACAGGUGCGGAUCCCCAUGGACGCCAUCGGAGCCGAAGUGAACAAGCUGGUCAAGGGCUCGACCACGUGGGAGAAGAUGCUCGAGCAGUACCCGAAGGUCACGGCCGCCGAGUAG